UCUCUCUCUCGAAAAAAAAAAAAAAAAAAAAANACAAUGAGCUUGAGAGAGAUGAGCGAGACAAAAUCAUUGAUAUUCAAGAGAAACGCUGAGUUCGAAGGAUCAAACAUCAAGAGGAUAAGACUCGAAGAAGACGAUGAUGAUGAUGACGACGUUUUACGGUCACCGAAGAGGACGCUUUCUUCUUCUCUGUCCUCUUCUUCUCUAGCUUACUCGGUUUCAGAUUCCGGAUGUUUUUGCUCCGCCGCUUUAUCUGAAGAAGAAGACGAUGAUCAUCGUAGCUCAAGCAUCAGCUCUGGUUGUUCUAGCGGUGAAACUAACGAAAUCGCCACGAAUACUCGUCUUGCUUUUUUAGAUCUGGAGGCUCAUCAAAUCUCCGAAACCGAAAUCUCAACGUUAAUCUCCAACAAUUUCAGCUAUCAUAUGCAAUGAAAUGAAAUCGAAGUAUAUAAAUUCCGCUAAUUAAUUGAGGAUGGAGACAUUGAUGGAGGUUCCAAAAGUGAUUCUACAGUUAGUAGUAUUAUAAAUUUGGAAGAUUAGUCGGUGAUUGAUGUUUCUGGUCAAAAUCUAGAGUUUUCUCUUCUGAAUAAUGUUGAUCAUUCCGGUACUGAAA